AUGUCUGAUGGAAACAAAUUUGCCGGAUCUGCAUACGCACAGCAACAUCAGCAAGAUAAAUUACCAUUUGAAUCAAUGGGAAAUGUAUUGCUAGAUGCGAUGCAGGGCAUACUUGUUUGUCUUGACAAUUUUCAUAUUAUUAUUGGUGUAUCAAAAACAGUUAAACGUUGUUUUGGUUUUGAACAGACAGAACUUGUUGGUUUAUCAAUUUUAUUACUUGUUGAAGACAGCGAAAGAGAUUCAUUUUUAAAAUUUCUUAAUAGUCCGCCACAACCUAAUGAUAUAUAUUAUGUUCGUAUGAUGACAAAUAAUACAAAUGAAUAUCGUCAAGUUAAAAUUCAUCGACAGAAAAAAUUAAAUCCUGAUAACGCUAAUGUUCAUUCAACUACAACAAGACAUAAUUAUCCUGUAGUUACAAUACUUAUAAUAACAUUAGAAGAUUCGUCUUAUAUUGAUAUAACAUUACAAGAUAUUCAUAAACAAGAAUUUUAUACAAAAAUGAAUUUAAUUGGUGAAAUUAUUUUUGAAGAUCAUCGUGGUGCUUUAAUAACUGGUUAUUUACCACAUGAAAUACUUUCACAAUCAAUAUUUGAUUUUGUUUAUUAUGAAGAUCGUUUAGUGAAAUUACAUGCACUUUGGAAAUGUGUAACAACCGGUUUAAGUAAAUUACAAUGGCGUCUAAAUGCACGUGAUGGUUCAUUAGUUUUUCUUCAAACUGAAUAUAAAUUAAUAUCUGAUCAUCAAAAUCAUGAUAUAAUCAUAGCUCGAAAUGAAGUUUUAAAUCCAAUGCAAAAAUCACAAUUUGAUGAAUUACAAACAGCUUGGAAACAUCAAUGUGCUGCUGAUAUUAAAGGAAAUAGUUCAUCAUUUAAAUUUCUUUCAUCAUCGGAUACAAAUUCAUCAUCAGCAUCAAAUGGUCAAUGUCGUAUAUGUGUUCCAUCAUUAAGUAUGUGUUUUACAACAGAUAAAUUACAACCAUUAAAUUUACAAGGAAAUAUAUUUGGUGUAUCAAAAUUAGCACGCCCAUUAACCAUACAAGAUUAUAUACAAAUAUUAAUGGAUAAUGAUAAACAUAUGGAUGGUGAAUUAGCAAAUAUGAUUAAUAAUAUUCAAUCCUUAACAGCAUGUUAUAGACGUUUAAAUGAUAAAAAUAAAUUACAAAGAAAUAGUUCAGAUGUAAAUAUGGAUGAAAAAGUUCAAUUAGAAUCUUCACCAAUAUUAACAGAUACAUCUUUACGUCAGAAAAAUGAUUCAGAAUCAAUUGUACGUGGCAUACUUAGUAAUUCAAUAAAAUACAAUCAUGAAAAGCAACCCGGUGAUUCAUCUUCAACACUCAUUAGACUUUUGAACGGUAAUGGACAUAAUGCACAAAAUGGAAAUACAAGAUCGUCAACAGUAACAUCGCAAUUUCAAAUAAAUCAAGCCAAAUCAAAUUCAACUCCACUUAGUCCAGAAAUUUUGCAUCAACAAGAUUUUGAUUUUUUAAAAAAAUAUAAAUCAGCGAAAGCAAAAUUAGAAUCUCAAUUAGAAUCACUCCGAAGGCAAGAUACAAAUGAUGGUACUCAAACGAAUGAUAAAUCAAAACGAGAUACAAUAUUAAAUAAAUUAUCUCAAUUAGAAAAUAUAAAAAAUAAACAUCUUGCACGUCGACAUACUCAAAAACGACAAACAUCUACAACUACAACAGCAAUACCUGUUAAUAAUCCCGAACAAAAAGACUUUCUUAAUAGUUUAUUUUCAUCGUCACCAUCAACAACAGCAAAACCAAUUGGAUUAUUACCUGUAGAUAAUAAUAGUCCUAUAACAACAUCAAUGCCAUCACCGUUAUCGUCAUUAUUUUCUUCACCAACUGAUCAAUCACCAUAUUAUUCGUCGAAUUUUCAAGAUCAACGAAAUUCGUCACAACAAUUUGAUUCUAUACAAACUUCAUCAUAUCUUGAUAUUAAACCUUCAUUAUUCGAUGAAUUUUUAACACCACCAUCAUCUUAUACACCGGUUAAUAAUACUAAUACUAAUAAUACUACUGCUACUAAUAAUAAUAAUAAUAAUAAUUCAUCGACAUCUGUACAUUCACAUAUGAAUAUUUCAUAUCAAGGAACAACAAACGAUUUAACAGCCUCAUCUUUUUCUACUAAUCAUCAACAUAAUACGACUUACCCUUAUUAA